AUGAAUCGACGUUUUCCAGAGUGUAUAGUCUUUUUGCUUCUGCUUUUCUUUUCGAUAGCCUGUGGCACCCUUUCGAAAUCAGAUCGGAGAGAGAAAUCGAAAAAGUUUCAUGAAACGGAACAAAGACAGAAAGAGGAAAGCAAUGUUAUGAAGCAGUCACAAGAUAAUGGCAAAAAGGAUGAUAUUCAAAAUAUACUUAACAACCAUUAUAAGCUGUGUGUGGAGAAGAAAAAAUUCAACCAUCCUAUAUUGGCAUAUGUUACGCCGUGGAAUAAUGGUGGAUAUGACAUUGCCAAAUGGGCAGCUCAAAAAUUCACUCACAUCUCUCCUGUUUGGUUCCGGUUUAAGCCUGAACUAAAACAAGAGAAAACAUGUACCAUACUUGGAACUCACGAUAUGGAUAAACAAUGGUUGGCUGAUAUUCAUACAAAUAAUUCAGAAAUCAAAUUUAUGCCACGUUUUGUCAUCGAUGGAUCAGCAUUUGGAAAUGUUGAACAGUUUUUAUAUGAUGAAAAAUGGCAAACAAAUUGUGCUCAACUAAUUAUCAAUUUCGUUAAGAAAAACAGAAUGCAUGGAGCAGUCAUAGAGGUGUGGCUUCAGGUCUUGUCGUUAGUUCAAACAGAAGUGAAAGAGGAAUUGAUCGAGUUGAUUUCACAUUGGGCAGAACUUUUCCAUCAGGCUGAUCUUGAAAUUAUUGUGCCUCUUCCUGCACCUCUCAAUGACAAGAACAAGCCAUCCGGAUUUGUAAUGAAAGCUGAAUUAGCGAGAAUAAUACAUAAUGUCGAUUAUGUUAAUGUGAUGACAUAUGAUUACAGUUCUGAUCGUUUUGUUGGAAUAUCACCAUUUGAAUGGAUUCAGCGCAAUUUUGAAUAUAUUUUAUCUGAAUCAUCUAUUAAUCCGUCCAGACUUCUUAUGGGGCUUAAUUUUUAUGGCUAUGCUUCGCAACAGAACACAAUGAAAGCUGUUGUUGGCAGAGACUUUAUCAAAUAUAUAACAGCACGACCAGAAGCGUUGUUUUGGAAUUUCAUAACGAAGGAACAUUUCCUGAAAACAAAAGACAAAGAUUUUUGCGUUUAUCCAACAGUGGCAUCUUUGCAAAUCAGGCUUGAUCUAGCCAGUCACUUUAAUGUCGGGGUGGGUAUUUGGGAGCUCGGACAGGGCCUCAAUUAUUUCACAUGCUUACUUUAA